UGGCUACAAUACAAGAGACGUAUCAUUACCAUAUGAUCUAAUGUGGGUGUCAGCUGGAUGCCUCCCUGAGUGAAACCUUAGUUUUUAACUGAGCUAUGGAGUAGGCGCAGGAGGUUUUCAACCCAGUGACAGUCACAGAGCAGCACUUCCCCCUCCUCCUUUCCACACCUGCAAACUCUUUUGCUUGGGCUGAAUAUUUAGUGUAAUUACAUCUCAGCUUUGAGGGCUCCUGUGGCAAAUACCCGGAUUAAAAGGUUUCCAGGUUGUGACAUUACAUGAUACAAUCAUGAAGGCAACUCUCAUUUUACUCCUUCUGGCACAAGUCUCUUGGGCUGGACCAUUUGAACAGAGAGGCUUAUUUGACUUCAUGCUAGAAGAUGAGGCUUCUGGGAUGAGCGAGGAAGAUCAGCGUCUUCCUCUGCCUGAUCUACCGGACAUAAUGCCACUGGUACCCGAGUGUCCCUUCAGCUGCCAGUGUCAUCUUCGAGUGGUGCAGUGUUCUGAUUUGGGUAUGGCAACAGUGCCCAAGAACCUUCCAUCUGACACAACGUUGCUAGACCUGCAGAACAACAAAAUAACUGAGAUCAAAGAUGGGGACUUCAAGAACCUGAAGAACUUGCAUACCUUGAUUCUUGUCAACAACAAGAUCAGCAAGAUCAGCCCCGGGGCGUUCACACCUCUAGUGAAAUUGGAACGGCUUUAUCUGUCUAAGAACCAACUGAAGGAACUGCCCGAAAAAAUGCCCAAAACGCUCCAGGAGCUUCGUGCCCACGAGAAUGAGAUCAGCAAAGUGCGGAAAACCGUGUUCAAUGGACUGAACCAGAUGAUUGUCAUUGAACUGGGCACCAACCCCCUGAAAAGUUCUGGGAUUGAAAAUGGAGCCUUCCAGGGAAUGAAGAGGCUCUCAUACAUCCGCAUUGCAGACACCAACAUAACUGCUAUUCCUCAAGGCCUCCCUACUUCUCUCACUGAAUUGCAUCUGGAUAACAACAAGAUCACCAAAGUUGAUUCAUCCAGCCUGAAAGGAAUGGUUAAUUUGGCUAAGUUGGGUUUGAGUUUCAACAGCAUCUCUUCUGUGGAAAAUGGCUCUCUGGCCAACGCUCCUCAUCUGAGGGAAAUCCACUUGGAAAACAACAAACUCACCAGAGUGCCUAGUGGGCUGGCAGAGCAUAAGUACAUCCAGGUCGUCUACCUUCAUAACAACAACAUCUCCCAUGUUGGGACAAACGACUUCUGCCCACUUGGAUACAACACUAAAAAGACUUCGUACUCUGCAGUCAGUCUUUUCGGCAACCCGGUCAAGUACUGGGAGAUCCCUUCCACCACCUUCCGGUGCGUCUACGUGCGCGGCGCCAUUCAACUUGGAAACUACAAGUAACUCCUAAACAGCCACAGUUUUUAUAAUCUGGAGAAAAAAAAAUUAAAAAAAAAAAACCCAAUCUGUCAAUAUCAUUACUAAAAAGAAAAAAAAAAAAAAAAGCUCCAUUCUGAAAACUAAAACACAUUGUGGAUUCAUUUUCCACAUGACCUAUCAUGCAUUAAGCCAAAUAUGCAAAUGGAAUAAUUGCUUACAAUAAGAAUAUUUUGCCUGCAGUAUUCAGAAUCAUUUUUAAAGAUUUCUGUAGAGGUGAACUGAGCUAUCAAAGUCUGAUGUAACCAUAGGGGUCAACCAUUAGUAAAGCUUUAAAAGAUUUUACAAAAUCUUCUGUAAUUCAUAGAGAUAAAUUAACUCUUUUAACAUAAAGUCAAGUGCCAAACUCUAGCAAUGUAUUAAUCUCCUUUACUAUUGGUAAAGACUCAUUUGAAUAUAUAAAAUAAAAACUUCAAAAUGCAUUCAAAA